AUGAAAGAGAUCGCGAAUUUUACGAUNGAUGAUUUAUUUAAACCAAAAUCAUCAUCAAAAAAUACGGAUACAUUCAGCACUGAUUGGGAAAUUGUUGAUCGACAUACUCCAACUAAAGAUUUCGGAUUCAGUGGAACGAAUAGUUCAUCAUAUUCUAAUAAUGAUACUUCAAGUUCAUCAUCAAAAUCAAAAACUCAAUCAUCUACAUCUUAUCCUGAAGGAAAUAAUAGUGAAGCACAAAAACGUUUUUCCAAUGCUAAAGCUAUAUCAAGUGAUCAAUUUUUUAAUAAAGAUUCCGAUAAUCAAAACAAUGUAAUAUCACGUUUUCAAGGAAGUGCAAGUAUUUCAAGUGAAGAUUUUUUUGAUGAUCCAAAUAAAAAAAAACAAGAUCGUUCAACUUAUCAAAGUCCUGAUUUAUCAGGCAUGACAGCUGAUUUUAAAGAAGGUGUAUCGAAAGCAGCCAAUAAAUUAUCAUCGUUAGCCAGUAAUGUUAUGUCAAGCAUGCAGAAACAAAUGAAAUACACAAUUACACGGCAAUUUUCAUUACGAAAGAAAAAAUUUGAAAUUAUUAGUGGUUCAAAAACUGUAUAUGCAGUGAAAGCUACGCCUUCUAAAGAACAUAAGGGUCAAUUCAAUGUUCAAAUAUCAAAUCCAAUAUCCAAAUAUAUCAAUAAUGAAUACUGUGUUAUAGAACCAGAUUCAAAGACUCCUCGAAAUUAUUUAAUAUAUAUAGUAAAUGAUGAAUCGAAUAAGAAAACUCUUUUUGGACAAUUAUUUUAUGAAAUUUGUAUUUAUAAUAACUGUCUUUAUACAAUUGUUAUUGGAAGAAAAUUAUAUAAAGUACGAAGUUCCGAUUUAAAAGAUCGGCGUUUAGCUAUUAUAGAUACUUUUGAACAAAAUAAUCCAUCGAAAUUAGAUCAAUAUCCAACGUUUCAAUGUCCACAAAUAUUAUUUCAAGUUAUUGAUACAUUUUCAAAAUCAAAUAAAGCAUACCAUGUUACUAUAAAUGAUAAAGAACAACAUCUUGGAUAUCUUGCUAUUGUUAUUCUGCUUGAUCUUCAUGAAUGUAAAUUAGAUUGA